AUGACGAUCGAAACAGAUCUGGCGCCUUGCGAGAUGAAUUUCCAUCCCACGGCGUGCGAUCUUUCGACUCCCAUAGCAAGCCACAUCGACGAUCGUCUAUUCCGUAUCCUGACAACAGACCAUACGCCAUGUCGCCUCGGAACGGGACACCAAGCCCUUACCAGGGAUCGCCUCAACCGCAUUCUUCCUACCAUUAUCAUUCCAACCAAGAUGAACGGGAUGAUCCUUCAAAUUACCCCCCGUCUCACUAUGGCGGGCCUCCCCAACGAGGUGGCCAUUCUGGAUAUCGAGGCAAUCAUCCAAAGCAAGGCCCUGGCCGUCGGUUCUCUGGAUCUGGCCCCCCUCCUUAUCACAAUGGGCCCUCACAUCGCGGAAGGGGUCAUUUUAGCAACCUCCAGUGGACUGCGUCUGGGUCUCGCGGACGCGGCGGACAACACAGUCCCUAUCAUGGGCACAAUCAUGUCACCCUGGGGAGGCGAGAGUGAGAACUAUUUCAGGGCAGCAAGCAGAGAUCCCCAGAGAGAAGAUGAUCAGGCAAACCGCGGUUUGGAGGGUGCAGAUUCCCAGACCAUGCCACCCCCAGGUCGCGAAUCUGAUACCGCUACUCCUGCAAACAAAAGCGGGAAAUUCAGCUUUACUCUCAAGUCCAAGGCCACGCCUUUGCCCUCUCCGAAGCCCGUUCCUGACCUUGCCCAACGAAUGCAAAUCCGCCAACCGCCUCCCCGUGCACCUGAACCACCGGCACCACGCAACCGGCUGACCAAUGGGCCUCUGCCCCAAUUCAAGCCCGAUUCUCGGUCUGAUCGUCGUGAUCGGGACCGCGGACGGAAUCGAGAUCGAGGCGACCGCCGAGAUUUCCGGGGUUCCCGCGACUUCCGCGAACCGCGAGGCCGAAGAGACGAUCGUCGGUUCGACCAACGUCGUGAUCGGCGCAAGGAUGAUCGACGCCCAGACUUCCGACGUGAACUCCCCCGGGAGCCCUCGCCAGAACGGCCGAUAGAGCCGCCGCCGAAGCAGAAGAAGAUCCUAAGCCGUCCCAAACAGCGCCCUAUACUUUCAGAGGAGUUUGCCAAGGCCGAUUCCGUUUACUAUCGAAAACCGGGCAACGAGUCUGUGAUUGGUGCUGGUACGUAUGGCAAGGUGUUCAAGGCGAUCCAUGUCUACACUCAGCGCAAAGUGGCGUUGAAAAAGAUUCGGAUGGAAGGAGAGAAAGACGGGUACCCCGUGACGGCGGUGCGAGAAAUCAAGUUGCUUCAACAUCUUCGGCAUCAUAAUGUGGUGAGCCUACUGGAAGUCAUGGUCGAAGACAACGAGUGUUUCAUGGUUUUUGAAUACCUCUCUCAUGAUUUAACCGGCCUCAUCAACCAUCCCAGUUUCUCCCUCACCCUCGCCCACAAGAAGGACCUGGCCAAGCAGAUGUUUGAGGGAUUGUACUACCUCCACCAUCGCGGCGUCCUUCAUCGGGAUAUCAAGGCGGCCAACAUUCUCGUCAGCAACCGAGGAUUAUUGAAAUUCGCCGAUUUUGGUCUCGCCCGGUUCUUUUCCAAAAGUCGUCAGCUCGACUACACCAACCGUGUGAUUACCAUCUGUGCCGCCUGCGUCUGCAUGGAGAUGUUCACCAAAAAGGCCGUCUUCCCCGGCGAAGGUGGCGAACUCAGCCAACUCGACAAGCUGUACAAUAGCUUGGGUACCCCCACGCGCAGCGAGUGGCCGGACCUGGUGGAAAUGCCGUGGUUCCAUCUGAUGCGGCCGACGGAACGAAAGAAACGCGUCUUCGAAGAUCAGUACCGUGAUCUCCUGACGCCCGCUGCAUUGGACUUGAUCUCGCAGGUUUUCCAUUACGAUCCCGCCAAGCGACCGAGUGCCGAGGAUGUCCUCCAACAUCCCUACUUUGUGUCGGAGGAACCAGCUCCUCAGGCGGCCACAGAACUGGAGAACAUCCAAGGCGACUGGCAUGAGUUCGAAUCCAAGGCUCUCCGUAAGGAGGCCCGCCGCGUCGAAUACCAGAAUCAGAGGGAUCGGGAGAAGCGAAAGGCUGAGGCACCGGCGCCGGCUGGUGACCGAGACUUGAAGCGAGCCAAGCAAGAGACCAGUGGACAGGCCUUGGGGGCGUGA